AUGUUAGGAAUUGUUAUAGCCAAUCAUAGAUCCACAACAGAACAUCCGAAUCAUGAACCAUCACCAGUUCACCACCACACCAGUAAAAGAAAUAACUUAAUAGAAGUUGCACAAUCUUUUGAGAUAUUCAAAGCUGCUUUUCUGAAGAUUGAUUUGGAUAAUUGCAAGAUAUGGAAGUCAUCGACUGAAGUUGAUGCAAUGAUGCAACAUGUAACCAGGCAGCCAAGGAAGAUCAUCACUAGCAAGUUGUUUGACAUUAUUGUUAAGUCUGUGUACAAGAAGACAUGGUUUUUUCUUUUUUGCUGUUGUGUACUUUAGUUUGCAGACUGUUUGGUUGGGUGUUUGUAGUUUUUUUUUUCAUGUGUGAUGUGACUGAGACACUGGAGUAGUGUU